GCCUCUGUCUCGCGCAUCCUCUAUGCUUCCGUGCACUUGCUUGGUCAAGGCGAGCGCACGCGCGAGGCACGGAGUCAUUUGCGUGGCACGAGUUACUCAGGCCGGGGAUUCUGACUCGUAAAAUGGCUUACCUAGAGGAUAAACUUUAUAAUAAGGCGAAGAAGUUUUAAACAAUUGUUAAUGCUUAAAACUUUCUCGGAACUGUUUUACUCUACUGGAGUCGGGCGUAACACCUGACAUCUCUGGACUUGAGGUAAAGAGCUGCUAUUAGGAAGCUUCCGAGAAGAGAAGAAAUGCUUCAGGUUCGACUCACUUUUUUAAGUAAUUAAUUAUCAGGGGAAAUCAUCAAGAGAGAAGUGUUGUGUCUUUUCCCGGGAAAAGGCUUUUCUCGGUGAGGAAGGGCGACAGCAGCUCUGGGUAGAGGCACCCAGAGGAGGAGGAGAAGAAGAAAAAGAAGAAGAAGAAGAAGGAGUGCAUGGCUGGAUGAGACGCGGAGAGUCCGGUCCGGCCUCAGCGCUACAUGGAGGAGUUCAGCCGCAGAUAAGCAUGGACGUGGUCGAUGAAACGGAGGCUUUACAGAGGUUCUUUGAAGCUCUUCGUCAGCUGUAGGUGUGUUGAUUGAGAACAGCUCGCUAUGCUGUGGCUACAAGCAGGUCAUGAUAUUAACAGCUCUUUGGAGCCAACAAACAUCGACACCAGUAUCCUGGAGGAAUACAUCAGCAAAGAGGACGACAGCACAGAUAUCUGUUUUUCCGAAGUCCACAGCGGCCCAGGGCCUAACUACUCCUCCCCCCAGGCCGGGGCAUCCUCCUCUGGGGGGGUGGUGUGUGGCGUGAGCCCCCCUAUCUCCCAGCGCCAGGGCAGUGCCCAGUCUGUACCUACACCGUGCCAGAACCCCUAUCCCCCUCCACCCCCACUUGGCCUUCUCAGACACAGCCAUCCCUGCCAGAGCCACCACCAUCACCAGCCCCACAUCAAACCUGAGCACUGCGCUCACUACGCAGCCGGAACAUUACCUGAGUCUCCACCAGACUCCAGUUCAGAGCCCUACUCACCCCAGCAAGUGAAUGACUCACACAUGAUUCGGACAAUGACGCCUGAGAAUAUGUGUCACAUGACCACUCCACCACCCCUGCCACCCCAUAGCCACUAUCCCAACAUACAUCGUGACAUGUACCUGAAACCCGAGCCCAUGAUUUCACAGUACCCGAUUGGGCCAGCCAGCAGCGGAGGUGGUGAUCUGCAGCAGGGUCAGAUGCUCCACCAGCUGCUACAGCAUCCACAAGGACAAGAUGGUAUACCUGUUCACCAAGCAAAGAAGAGAAAGCACUCAGAUUCUCCUAACAGCACUCUCAAUGCUCAGAUACUGAGCGGCAUUAUCAAGCAAGAACCAGGUUUGAUGCAGGAUGCUGAGAACUCAUAUUUGGACCCAAACUACCAGUGCAUAAAAUGGCAGCCGCAUCAACAGAACAAAUGGACUCCAUUAUGUGAUGCCACUGGAAAAGAACUCCCGAUGCCCACGUACAGAGUGGACGCUGACAAAGGUUUUAAUUUUUCUUUGGCUGAUGAUGCAUUCGUGUGUCAAAAAAAGAACCACUUCCAGGUUACAGUGUACAUUGGCAUGUUGGGAGAUCCCAAAUAUGUGAAGACCAGUGAAGGGCUGCAACCAAUUGAAUGCUUCUACCUAAAACUUAACGGAGUCAAGUUAGAAGCCAUGAACCAGACCAUCAAUGUGGAACAGUCUCAGUCUGACCGCAGCAAGAGGCCAUUUAAACCUGUACUAGUUACUUUGCCUCCGGAACAAGUAACCAAGGUAACAGUGGGUCGACUGCAUUUCAGUGAGACUACAGCCAAUAAUAUGAGAAAGAAGGGCAAGCCAAACCCUGACCAGAGGUACUUCAUGUUGGUGGUGGCUCUCCAGGCUCAAUCCCACAGUCAGAGCCAUACAGUGGCAGCUCAGGUGUCUGAGAGGAUCAUCGUCAGGGUAACCGCUGCAUCUAAUCCAGGUCAAUUUGAGAGUGACAGUGAGGUGCUGUGGCAGAGAGGUCAGUUGCCUGAUUCAGUGUACCACCAUGGCCGAGUGGGCAUCAACACCGAUCGACCUGAUGAAGCUCUGGUCGUCCAUGGCAACGUGAAGGUCAUGGGUUCCCUGGUACAUCCAUCUGACAUCCGUGCCAAAGAGAAUGUGAAAGAGGUGGACACCACAGACAACCUGAAGCGAAUCUCUCAGAUGCGUCUGGUGCAUUACCAGUAUAAGCCUGAAUUUGCCGCCACUGUGGGCAUUGAAAACACUUCAGAGACCGGAGUCAUAGCCCAGGAGGUCCAGCAGAUACUUCCAGAAGCUGUGAAAGACAGUGGAGAUGUACUUUGUGCCAAUGGAGAGACCAUCCCUAAUUUACUUGUAGUAAACAAGGAUCGCAUUUUUAUGGAGAAUGUUGGAGCGGUGAAAGAGUUGUGUAAACUGACAGAUAAUCUGGAAACUCGAAUCAAUGAACUUGAACGGUGGAGUCGCAAACUUGCUAAACUACGACGCCUUGACAGCAUGAAGAGUACUGUCAGUGGGGGUACAAUUAGCCUGACAGGAAGUUACUUUAGCAGAACAGGAAGUGGUCCACUUAAGAAGAAAGCAGCCAAACCAGGAAAUAAGAAUGCAAUUCCAGAGCAAGGCUGUCUGAGUCACAGGUUCUUGCAGGGUACCAUACUGGCCUUGGUCAUCAUCAUGGCCUUCAGUGUUAUCUCAAUGUCUGUACUUUACGUGCUAAACAUGCAUCAGCACAGCAACAUGGCAGAGACAGACAGUUCUGUGUCCUCCUGUGUUUUCUCCAUCUCCUGGAUGCACUUCUUCACUGCCACUGUCACUUUCUGUCCAUCCAUCUGUUUAUGGACUCGCUCUGCUCUGGGAUCAUCUAGUAGAGCUGUUUAUUCACCCCCCAUGUCUACAACCUCUUCAGACGUACACUCCACCUCUCCAACUCUGCCUAAUCGUCUUAUAUGCUGCCCUCCAACAACUGCCAUGAACAACCAAUCAGCUUUUGUCAGCCUGCAGCAAAGCUCUAACCAGUCCAUGUCAGACUCUAGUAGUCCUGCUCCCACCAUGGCCAGUACAUACAGGAAAGCAAAGUCACGUGGGUUGGAUAAAGACAGCAGGAGUAGAAACAGGCUGAGUCACACUUCAUCCCCCCUCUCCCUCAGCAAGUCCAAGAAAACACCUCUACCCUCAGACAUGGACACUGGAGGCAACAGUAACCGCCUGCCCGGGCCACGCAGGCAACGCAGCACACACACUCAGGGUGGACAUUUCCUGCCUUCCCUAAAUGAACUUUACAUUGUCGAAACUAAUCAGGAAUUGAAGACACUGAACUGUGCCUCAUCACACACUUGCAGCUACACUUUAUUUCUGCACAGCAGUCAAAAUUCAUCUACGAAUCACAUCACUCUACACAUGAGGUUCUCUGAAAUGGUGUGGGUGUGGCAGUGUGGUGUCACUAGAGGACGUCUUUGCCCAAACCACGCAAUGACUGACUUUUCUGAAAGCAAGGGUUCCUUCACAAAGGGGAUCAGUCACUUGUGGACCGUUCCAAUGGCAUCAGUCCAAGAUGCCACCUAUCAUUUCCGGGUGUCAAUCUAUGGCGAGAUGGGCUGUUCUGGGUCUGAAGAACAGAAGAUGCAGGACACUGUUCCAUUCAUUGAUUACUAUUUUCUCAUCCAAAGCAGAUGCACUUAAAGGGGAGUGUUUAAAAUACCAAAUAUUGGUUUUCUCCCAAACACUCUCUCAACAAUUUUCAUAAAUGCUCCUUUUCAUUUGCAGUGUUGUAGCGUGAUAGAAACUCCACUGUCCAAAAAAACAUGUCCGUUUACCUCAAAGAAAUAUCUGACUACAUGACAGGAUUAUCCCUGUCCCAUUGAUAUUACUGACACUGCAAACACUAAUAUAUAUAUUUUAAAAAAUACUAUACUAUAACUUUCCUUGUCCCAUGGGUACAUUUAUUGAAACUUUCAGCAGAAAAUGUGUUGUAGGUUGCAGAAUUAAAGACCAUUACUGAACCUUAAGAUCUUCCCACAUAUGAGAUGCAGACUAGAUGUACAAAAAAUGUGUGAAGAUGUGUAAAGAUGUGUACCCCAUUGACAAUGAAACGUAUCAUUUAAUAACUUUUUUUCCUUGAGUACAAAUGACUGUAUAAUACACUCAUGAUUUGAACUGCUCUCUUAUCUGACACAAGUGUAACUCCAUCUAAUGUUGAAGAAAAUGAUACACAAUGGACAAACUCCCUGGACAACUGGACAUCUAUUUGGAUGAUUUAGAUGUCCAGAUGAUAGCCACUUUAAAAAAAAAAUACACACACACACACACAUAUAUAUAUAUAUAUAUAUAUGCAUAUACAUAUACACAAUUUUUUAAAUAAUGCAAUGGUACAAUGGUCAAAGUCAGUCUCUCACAUUCAGUAAAGAAGAGUAAUAAUUGUGACUACUUAAUCCAGCAUGAAUAGUCAGCUAUUAUUAUUAUUAUUUUUUUUAUUAUUAUUGUUAUUAUUAUUAUUACUAUUAUUAUAUGGUAGGUCUAAGCCACUGAAGCCAUACUCUUAACCUAUAGAAUAAAUCACUGGCUCUUGAGAGAAAUCACUGGAUUUAAAUAAUUUUUUUAAAAACAAAAAAACUGGAACACAUAGCAUAAAGACACUGGAACAAACCCACUCAAUGUCUACUGACUGAGAAACACUGGAUUAUACUGGUAUAACAUUAUGAAAUAAUGUUUUUGUCUUUGUUAAAAGAAAAUAACAUUGCCUUCAUUUUCUAAAUAUGUAAGUACUGUAAGUAUUAUUCAUUUCUUAAGAUUUCUUAUCCAUUUAUAAACACAUACAGAUGUAACCACCUUUUCCUGACUUUCUUUUUAAUCAUUUUUGCGACUUUUCAUUCAACAGUUGUGCUUUCUGAAGAAAAAAUGCAUUUAGUACAAAGACCUUUAAUUAAGCACUAUUUUUAAUCUAGAUUUUUGUUCUUGUUUUUUUUCAUGCUCUUAUGUUUAAAUGAAUGAAUAACGUGUACUACAGAUUCUCAAGAUAUACAAUAUUUUUAAGCAAUAAACUAAGCCAUAGUAGUCUGUCAUGGGAUAAGUAUGAAAUAAGUCUUGAAGUAUGCAUAUGAUGCCUGUUGGAUGACCACAGUGAAAUGACACUAUGAAUAUAUGUUGCCAAAUGUAUUUUUCUAAUCCUGGAUAUUUACUUAACUAACAGAAUGUCUGAAAGGUAAUCACUAUUCAUCAUUUUCAAAUGCAUAUUAUAAAUAUGCAGUAAAUAAAAUAGGCAGCUUCAGACUAUGCACUGUAAAUAAUAUUAUAUUCUAAUGCCUUCAUGUACACUCGACUGCUUCUAAUGUUCUAGUGAGAAUGCAGUGUGAUUGUUUUAGUAACAGAGUUGUGUAGUAAUCAACAUUCAUUACUGUCCAUUGUCCCAUGUCCAUUACUUUUUGUCUUUUUUUACCCAUCAUUUAAUGUUGUAAUAAUAUGUAACUCAAAUUCAGUAUAUUAAUUAUAAUCCCACUGGAUUUGUGUGUCUACGGUGAAUAUAAAGUCUUAGAUAUACAAAA